AUGUCGGAGAUACGAGCGCAUAUGUUGGCAUCAUCGAGUGCGAGUCAAGACGCAAAUACCGGCGUGUCAGCAAUAUUCGAUGAGCUCACUGUAUCACUACGAUCGGAACCAAAGAGCUCGAGCGAGAUAAGGCAAUCCGCUUAUUUGCAACACAAAGCGGACUUUCAAGAACUGGUCACCAAAGGCACCAGGCUCUUUAAGCUGAUGAUGGCCGAAUCGACGAGCCUCGCACAAAGCAGCUUCACCGAUGUUGAGGACCUUCAAAACUGGGGUUACGACACAUACAAUUACAACGAUGCGUCCGAGCUACGAGGUAUCGAUAGCGUUCUGGAUACCAUCGAGUAG